CAAUCGGACUAAGAGCAGUAUGAAGUUGUUGUGUUUUUGUGUUGUUUUGGUGCGUUUGAAGAUGGUCCUCACCCUUCCGGCGCAACAGUUCAAACCCGGAAUCCCUAUAACUCCCACAGUGAACCAAAUACCUGGUCAAGCCAAUGGAAUAAUCGGAGAAAGUUCAAGCUCAAAGGCAACAGCUUCAGUUUCUAUAUCGCAACCAGCUGUCCCACAAACAGUUGCCACGCAAUAUAGUAAUAGUCCAUCCCAAAGUUUCAAUAGUUUUGCAACGAGGACAUCAAUACUUUCGGCCGUAACUUCAGCUCCGCAAAUUCAGUACUACCAACCACAAACAUAUCAGUCGUACAGGCCACAAACUCCAGUUCAAACGUAUGUCCAACCGGCUCAACCUCAAGUAGUAACCUAUCAGCAGCCUCAACCUGUGGUUUACCAAAGGCCUCAACAGAUGGUGUACUACCAGCAGCAACCCCAACAGCCCCCCCAGUAUUCGCAAUAUCCCCAGUAUUAUCAGCAGCCUCAGUACAGUAGUGGCCAACAACCUUACUCGUACUCCACCGGUAGACCAAGUUAUAGUCUAUCAGACGCUUUGUUUGGAGGGGGAAGUGGAGGAGGAAGUAGUUCCCUCAGCAGACCAGUAUCGUCUGCUUUGGGAGCAGCCGGGUCGUUGGGAGCUUUGGGAGCUAUUGGAACCUUGGGAGCGUUGGGCACGUUGGGUGCAGGUGCAUUAUUAUUUGGAUAGCCAUAAUGAUUGCAGACAAACUUCUGUCGAACAGUACAAUGUAGCUUAAAUUUUCUAAUCUUAGUUUAAAUAAAUGUAACUAGUAUUGUUAAAUAAAAUAAAAAGAAUGCAUUCAAGAAGAGUUUGAA